AUGCAGCGGCCGCACGGACACGGCACCGCUUUCUCCAUUGAUUCCCUGAUCGGUUCCCCGCAGGCCCGCUCGCCCCAGCUGCUCUACACCGGUUACCCGAUGCUGAUGCCAUACCGGCCGCUGGUUAUUCCUCAGGCACUGCCGCCCUCCCCGCUCCAGUCCGGGAUGCCAGCUCUCAGCCCGCUCGCCUCGUUCGCCAGCCGCCUGACCAACAGUUUCUGUGCCAGCCUGAGCCAGGGGGUCCCCUCUAUGGUAGCUCUAACCACGGCGCUGCCCAGUUUCAGUGAGGCAGCAGAGAAUUACUAUCCCCCGGGCCAGGAGCUAGCGGCUCCCCGCUCCAGCCCCGAGGCCAGCUCCCGGGCAGUGGAGCGAGAGGAAUCGCGGGCGGACAAAGCGGAGCUUCCGCACUUCGCGCACAACUUCCCAGCUCUCACAGGUGAGUCCGCAAAACCCGCGGAAAAUCCGCCUCAAAUCUGCGUAAACCACCCGCAAAACCCGCGCAACGUCCGCGAAAAUAAAAAUCCCGCAGAACUAGAGAUCCGCAGUUGA